ACGAGACUAGAUAACCACUAAGAAUAUAAACAAUUUGGCGCUGUUUUGACAUCUCUUAAUUACGUUGUCGCAUGUAAGUAUAAUACAGAAUCCUGCCAUGUCAGACAGCCGUUCAGAAUCAAAUGACACCCUUGAAGAGUCUGGAGCACACGAGCAAAACGAGGAUUUGGAACGGGUAGUAUUUCAGUGUAGCCAAUGCAAUUCUAUCGUUGGAGACUCCUUAGCAUGGACUGGCUCCAAUGAAAUAUUGCGCACAAUUAGCUUGAAAUAUGUUAGCAAGAAAGUGGAAGUGAAAGACAGACUGAUCACAUCAAAAACAGGCACAGACUUGGGAAGUACAUAUAACACACUGCAGUGCGAGGUAUGCAAGGGCGACUUAGGCCGCAUGUACAGGACCACCCCGGGAAACCUGGACCACAUGAGACAGGUCUACACGUUGUAUGUGGAGAAAAUCUCAAGUACACUUUUGGAAGUUGUAACCAAGGCGAUGAUGUAAACAUCAACGACCUUGUAACCUUGCCCAAUGUCAAAGAGCUUGUAAAGGAACUCAAAAAGCUUCAGACUGUUAUUGUGAGUUUGGACCACAGAGUCGAGAUAUUGGAGUCCAGUAUGCAUAUUGAAGAGGUAGAAAAUCACCCUCCAGCUGUCGGCAGGCUCGAUGCAGAAAUCGUUCGACAAAAAAGACAGAGCUCUGAUAUGACGAGAGCAAACAGGAUGGACACAGAAACAGUUCAAUUAAAAAGAAUGGACACAGAAGCUAUGCGAGUAAAAAGAAUAGACCAGGAAACAGUCCGAGGAAACAGAAAGAACAAAGAAACCGUCCGAGGCAGCAGAAUGGACAUGGAAACGAUGAGAUACGAUAAUGAAGCCAUGGUGCCCGAGUCUUUUCACUCGGAAAGACACAGUGAGAAAGUUUACCGAAAAAACGGGCCGCAAUCGAGUGGGUUGAGGAACCCCAUAAAGAAUGAUGUCAGCCCGCAAGGGUCCCCAACGAAGGGCACUUACAAGAGGAAAAGGGUUUUAUGAGUUAAAAAAAA